AUGUCCGCAGAAGUCACCGCAGCAAAGCAACGCAACGUGUACCAAGGACGAAGACUGAGACGCUCCGGAAGACGACGAUGGGUAGCUGCCAGUCCAGUGAGAAUCCGCAAUUUGAAUUCGCAAAGCAAAGACGCUAGGAGCUCUAUAAUGACAGAAAAUGAAACUGAUCGAAAUAAGACGCGGGAUGUGACAGCAAAGACACUAUUGCCACAUUAUUCUGCGAGUGUCACAACGCAUGAGUCAGAGCGUCUCACUGGAUCUUUCCUUGCACAUGCAAGAGAACUCCCUCAAUCUGACCGUCUUCAAGGAGACAUUACGUCUUUAAAGACAGCACAAAUUGAAGGUCCGACAUCAUAUGCAGUCACUUCAGCAUUCGGUGAAACUGAAGCAAUUUCCGGUCAACCUCUCCCUGCACAAAGCACCACCAUGUUUGAGGAAGAAACUUCACAACGCUCGCUGGAAGCAGAUGGCGAGCGUUCUGAAAGUUCAAAGCGGAAACUGGUGUCAUAUAACGGUGAUAGUUCACAAAGCAGUGACUCAUACGUUAGUACUGAGCAGAGCCCUUUAUUAGGUAUGCAUUUACAGUUUACAUCAGAAAAUAAAAUUUUAUCCUCAGACAAAAGCAGACUUUUGGCUAGUACCACGAUAGCAACGAACACAAGAGAUAAUUCAGUACUUCAUAAUAACGACAAAGCAAACUCAAAGCACAUGCUACCGCAGGCCACUUUGCAGCAAUUACGUGGGUCACCUGAUAGUGAAACACAGCAAUAUUUCUCCACUGACCGUGUUAACCUGGAAGAAACGACUCGAAGUGGCAGCAGCCCAACUAAGCCUCCAGCUACUACAGAGCCGUGGGGUUCAGAAGUGACACCACCACCGUCUCAUGACUGGAUCGAUGCUGGCGACAGCGCUGAAUACAAAACAUCCAUUGGGCCUCCAUCGGGCCUUUCGCGAUUGCCGAGUAAGCAUCUUUGGACGGCAGAUGAUUUUUACCAGCGAAUGGAAACGACUGGUUCGACCACAGAGUUUCCAACAGUCGAGCCGAUAAAUUUAGAUGGCAAGUCGGACCACACGACAACGUAUGGCACUCUUACCUCAAGCCAAGGGAUACCACAGUCUACUCUGAAGCAGCAGCAAGGAUCUCCUUACUUAGAGAAAUCUAGCAGCGGUAAACGGUCAGGAGCGUCUAAUGAUUCCGUUAGUACAACACACAUUCCACGCCCAGAAGAGAAUGUGUCCUUAAGGCAGUUGGCGGAUUCUAGCAUUGACAGUAAAGAGACCUAUGAUAUCGUACCGCCUUUGGGGCAGUCAGCGUCACUAAGCAGUCAAUCGUGGAAGGCAGCUAACGUGUCUCACCCAUUGCCACAGGAGACAAGGGAAUCCGAAGCCAAGCUGUCGGUAUCUAUGACGAAUCGUCGUGAUUAUACCAGCACUGCUGAGUCAAGCAAUAUUUUACCAAAUGCCACUAUUCGUCAGUUGCAUGGACCUCCUGACAAUGAAUCAGAGUCUUCUACCUCAUCUGUCACUCCAGUAAAAUUGUGGAAAGAAUCACAAGUUUUGGGGUCAGAAAAAAUACCUGCACAUAACUGGCCUUCUGUUAUUACUAAUAGCCGUAACAAUCAAGAACCUUCUUCUAAUGAACCGCCACUAGGUCUUUCGCAGUUACCAAGCACACGCCCAUGGAAGUCAGUUGCUGUUCCACAGGAACUGGAGACGGUUGCUUCAGCCAUCGAGCUGGCUGCGUCGGCAUUGGCUACAGGAGAGGCUGCUGAUUCAAACCAUGCAGUACCAAAGGCCACGGUAAAGCAGUUACAUGGACCUCCUGACAGCAAAAUUCAGUUAUAUCCUCCGUCCAAAAGUGACAGUGCAGAGGACCAAAUGAGAACUAAUGACGGUCGAGCAGAUACCUCGAAAAUAGAUCACUGGGGCCCAGAGAAGAGACUCCCUUCACAUCGCUGGCCAGACUUCGGAGUUUCUACUGGUCAUGACAGUCAGGAAGCAUCUUCCAUGGGACACCAGCAGGGACUUUCACGGUUACCCAGCAAACGCCUAUGGAAGUCUGUUGUUGUUCCACAUAAACUGGAAACGGCUUCUUCAGACACCGGAACGCCUGCGUCCACACUGGUGACUACAGAAGAGACGUCUAGCCAUCCACAUGUUGCCAACAGUGCUGAUUCAAACCACGUAAUACCAGAAACCACCGUGAAGCAUGGGCCUCCUGACAGUGAAAUUCUGCGGUAUCCUCCGUCCAAAACUGCCAGUGCAAAGGACCGAAUGAAAGCUAAUGAUGGUCGAGCAGAUACUUCCAAAACAGAUCACUGGGGUCCAGAGAAGAGACUCCCGUCUUAUCGCUGGCCAAACUUUGGAGUUCCUACUGGUCGAGACAGUGAGGAAGCAUCUUCCAUGGGACCUCAACAGGGGUUUUCACGAUUACCCAGCAAACGCCUAUGGACUUUAGUUAACAAUGCACAACCAAUGAUAAGCAAAGAUUGGACCACAGAGUCUGCAUCUGUCUUGACGAAUGCAGGUGCUACAUUGAGCCACGGCAGCGUCAUUGACACUGGUGUUUCAAGCCACAUGAUACCAAAAACCACUGUGAAACAGCUGCGUGGGCCUCCGGACAGAGAAACUGAGUGGUAUCCUCUAUCGGAAUUUGUUAACCCAGGGGGUCGAAGAGAAGAGAACAGCAGCCCAACCGAGUCCUCACAGCCAUAUGGCUGGGGUCCAGAGAAAACACUGCCAUCUCAUAGACGUCCAGAUGGUAUGACGAUUGAUUACGAGAGGCAGGAGACAUCUAUCCCACGCCCUCCACCUGGACGUCCACAAGUGCCGAGUAAGCAUCCGUGGGAAUCAUCUGAUUUUCCUGAAAGAGGGGACGCGAGAGGUUCGGUCAUAAAACAACUAUUAACCAUCGAAAAACAAGCAGGGACGUCGAUGUCUGGUAAGAAUGUGCAGUAUCAGUUAAAAGAGGAGCAGAACAUUCCUGUCAACGCCGUAACUCCAAAGACAGAACCUAAUUUGCUGCCUAUUUUGAGGGUGGCACACCUCUUGUUAGAAGCCGCAAAGAAACAAGCCGACGGACCUUCUGACACGGAGUUGCAACGCUCAUCUACGAACGAAACUGCUACAGCCCUGAGAGAGUCAGAGCUCUCUCGAAUAACAAAACAGUUGUCUACCAUCACGCAAUUGCUUAUUUCUGGAUUGCUACUGAACGUACUCACCACUAAGCAACUGCAAGGUUGUUCCCUAGACAGCCCUCUACUGAACUCUACGUCAGAGGAGUUGCUGGGACCUACACUGACGUCACUAAACUUACCGGCUCCUGAUGUUGUGACAGCAACCCCUGGUGUGGCGAGUAGUUACCCAGUCGACUCUCACUACAAAGACACCUCAGUGUGGAAUACUUCUUCGGAAACGUCAACAGGCGCCUCCGACACGUUCUCCAUUCGAUCCUGGGUGUCACGGCCAAUACCGGUUGUCCCGCUUCCAGAGGGAGUGAGUGACGUAGUUGGCGAUCAUCCGUCCCCGGAUGGGCUGCCUCCUCCACCUCCUCCAGAAUUUACGAACGAGGAACUAGACGGUGUAGAAUCAGUCGGUGGAAGCUUGGCGAGCGGUUGGCACACCACGACGACGCAGUCUCCUCAAGGUUGCGCAGCAUCAAGUGCAGCUACUUCUCAGCCUCCAACCAACUACUGGGACACCACUCAAUCCCCAUAUAACUACUGGUAUCCAACCACUACAACUACUCAGUCGCCCUACAAUUACUGGUACCAAAAUAUGAAUACGACCCAGUAUCCCUAUAACUACUGGAACCCCAGCACUACUACAACACAAUCUCCUCAAAAUUACUGGAAUACGAAUGAAGCUACUACUCAGCGUCCUUAUAAUUACUGGGAUACAAGCACAACUGCAAUACGUCCUCCUUACAACUAUUGGUAUACAAAUAAAGACACAACUCAAAAUCCUCUCAAUUACUGGGGUACAACCACAUCCACAACACCGUCUCCUUAUGACUACUGGAAUACAAACCAGAACCUACAAAAUUUCUGGGAGACAACAAGUACGACUACAGCUAGUCCUUACGAUUAUUGGCAGACAGCCACGACUACGACUCAGUCGCCUUACAGUUAUUGGUCUACAACGACACAAGACCCGCGUUACUGGUAUACAACACCAACAAGUUCAACGCCCACAAAGUCACCGUACGAAAUUUGGUACGAUUAUUGGUACGGUAACGCCACAACGAGUACUAAAUCACCUUACGAAAACUGGAACGAUAAUUGGUACGGUAACGUCACAACAACUACUAAGUCACCGUACGAAAACUGGUAUGAUAACUGGUAUGGUAGUACAACAACAACAACAACAACCAAGUCACCAUAUGAAAACUGGUAUGAUAAUUGGUAUGGUAACACAACAACAACAACCAAGUCACCCUACGAAGACUGGUACGCUAAUUGGUAUGGUAACGCCACAACAACUACCAAGUCACCGUAUGAUAACUGGUACAAUUACUGGUAUAGUAGCUCCAGUACAACGACAAAGUCACCUUAUGACAGUUGGUACGACUACUGGUCAAAGAAAAGGACGACGACGACAACACCAAAGACGAGUGAGCCACAGUCACAAUAUAAUUGGUACUACGGCUGGCCAACGACUACAACGAGCAAGCCGCCGCCGACGAACCCAAUACAGUCCCAAUACAACUGGUACUCUGGCUGGCCCACCACAACCAAGUCUAGUACUACUGAGCCACCAACUACACAGCGGCCAUGGUACGACUACUGGUCGGCACCAUCUACCACUACGAGCAAACCACCGACAAAUGGACAAUCACAGUACAACUGGUAUUACGGCUGGCCAACACAGACCACAUCAAAGAGUACAGAGCCACCUACUACACAGCGACCAUGGAACGACUACUGGUCAACGACGUCUCGUCCACCAAGUACACAAUCCCAAAACAACUGGUUCGACAGCUGGAAGUUACCCACAACGACACAGCGUCCGUGGUACGAUUACUGGUCGACAACCAGUCGUCCUCAGAGCAGUCAGUCGCAGUACGACUGGUACCACAACUGGCUUGGUACCACAACUGCAACAGCGACCUCGCAGCCCCCAACGGAACUUCCGACAACCACUCGUAGUCCGUGGUAUGACUACUGGGGAACCACAAAGCGACCUUACGCGUGGUACAACAGCUGGGGAAAUGGCCCAGCUGCCACCACCACCACCACCGAGUCUCCUACUUUACAAGCACAGGCCACUGGGUCCCCGCCGUACAGUUACUGGUCUCCUGGUCAACAGCCAGCUGAUCCGAUGCAGUCUUCCGACAACACCGUCUCGUCUGGUGACAAACCUGCACUGCAGCAGCUGCAGGGCACUCACUAUAAACCUGACGGCAGUUACGUCUUGGACAUGCCCGGGCAUCACGAGGAGGGCUUUUAUAGGGUCCCUGCAGGUGGAGGUGCACCAGUGUUCGUGAAGCAAGGCUAUUACACGUACACGGACGGUACUGGAGAACGGCACACCGUGUCCUACGUCGCGGAUGAGUACGGCUAUAGGACAAGCGGUUCGUGA